ACUAGAAUUAUUUGACUGAUUGUCAUGACUCUUGAUACUUCCUUUAGAACAUCAAAGUCGGGACUUUUCUGUGGACAGAGUACGGUAAACUGUGCGAGGAGAUAGACUUUGUACUCGCUUGCAAUGUGGCAGACGGGUUUCUUCCCAACAGCUACAGCAGUACGACAGACUUUGGAGCCAUGAUUCUGCGCAUCGAACAAGGUAACCGUGUGGCCUCGAAGUGCAACAGUGGGCCCCUUUCCUCGAAGUAUGAGCAAUAUUUGAGGGGCAUCAAUGUCACUCCUGAGGCAUACCAUGGUGUGUCCCUGACCGGCGUGAGAGCAGGAUAUUUGGUUAAAGCCAAUCACACUCAAUUUUGGACAGACCACUUCUAUAAAAACGAGAAGAUAAGACCACAGGACAAGCUGCACUUUCAGCAACGGCUCCUUGCACUGGAUCGCAUUAAGUCCUCGUAUAGAGAUCUCUUAGUUCUCGGUGGCAAAAGUGGGAAAGUGAAGAGUCCCCGUGAGAUCGAAACUCUUGUCAAGGCCAGGGACCUCUUCUUGGCAGAGUACCGAAAGUUUGGUCAGUCCACAUCGGUGAAGAUACAUCUCCUUGAAGACCACUUUUUGGAGCAGAUACAGCUCUGGGGGAUGUUUUCUGGAUCUUUCAAUGAGCAAGGUGGUGAGAGUACUCACUCCCUUUUUAAGAAUCACGAACACAUGACAAACCAUGUUCGUAAUGACGAAGACCGAGUUGUGAAAAAGUGCGAGCUAGCAACACGGAAAUACCUGUUGAAAGUGAAAUCCAAGCUGUGUGACUGAAAUGGGUCAAUCAUGAUGGAUUUAGUGUUUGGGACAAUCUGCUAUAUGCCUAAAAUUGAAAGAUUGUUAAUUUGGUGAUGCUUCACCCUCUGUUCAUAUUUUCUACUUGAUCAAUAAUGAUAUUCGCCACAUAUUAUGUAAAACGCCGCUUAUGUUUUGCCAUUAAAAUUUUUUCGUUAUAGUAGUGACUGCGACUGAAACCGCGCAUCACGCAAGUUUUUGUCGCCGCGCG